AUGAGCACAGGUAGGUUACUCAGAACCUUAUCCUGUGUGUCAGAUGAGGACAACGGGACAAGCUGGCAGUCCAAUGGUGUGUUCCUGCAGCCUGCGUGGGACUACCUCCAACAGAACCACUGCGAUCUCCUGGCCAGCCCUCUGUUCCCCGUGGUCCUCUCCAUCACCACUUACUUCCUGGUGGUUAGCCUUUACACCAUGCUUGACCUGCUGGCCCCCACCUGGCCAUGCAUCAACCGCUACAGGCUCCAUCCGGACACCCCGGUCACCUGGCCUGACAUCUGGACAACUCUGGGUGUCACCAUCUACAACCAUCUGCUCUACAUCUUCCCCGCUGCUGUUGCCCAGUGGCUGUGGAGACCCCCCGUCCCGUUGCCCUGCGAGGCCCCCACUCUCUGCAGCUUCUUCCUGGGCAUCUUUGCCUGCAUGAUUGUCUUUGACUCCCAGUAUUACCUGUGGCACCUCCUGCACCACCGGGUUCCAUGGUUGUACCACAUGUUCCACGCCGUGCACCACCGCUACCACCAGCCCUUCAGCCUCGUCACACAGUACAUGUCCGGCUGGGAGCUGUUCAGCGUGGGGUUUUGGACCACAAUUGACCCCCUCCUGCUGCAGUGCCACUGCCUCACAACAUGGGGCUUCAUGGUCCUCAACAUCUACAUCUCCACCGAGGACCACUGCGGCUACGACUUCCCCUGGUCCAUGAAUAACGUGGUGCCCUUUGGCCUCUGGGGCGGCGCACCCAAGCAUGAUGCUCACCACCGGCGGCCCAACACUCACUUCGCCCCGUUCUUCUCUCAUUGGGACUGGCUGGGAGGCACCGACACCCCUCCAACUCCCCCCAUCCGCUCCAGGGGAGCAAGUCGAGAUGAAAGGGAGAGAAAACUAAAGCGCUUCAAAUAA